AUGCGACUUUUAAAUGUGACAGGCGUGCUGGGAAAAAGAAGGCGAAGAAAAUACGGAUGCGCAUUAUCGAGUGUGUUUAUGUCUAUUGCAAAUAAAUGGACGACUGUAAGCGUAGGCAUUCGUUUAACGCAAAGGCACGUGACGCGUUUUGAAGCAGAAAGGGACGAAGUGGAUUUCUGCUCGAUAAAAGCCGAAAUAUGGAGCGUGUUUAUAGCGAUCCUGCGGAAGAGCGUCAGGAAUCUGCAAGCGUGUACAGACGUCGGGCUCAUAGAACACGUAUUAAAAAGAUUAAGGAACGCAGACGUUCUUGUAGCCGAUCUUCUUAUCGAAAUGCUUGGUGUUCUGGCUAGCUAUAGCAUUACCGUUAAGGAACUUAAACUGCUUUUCGGGGCAAUGAAAGCCAUCAACGGAAAAUGGCCCCGUCACUCGGCCAAACUGCUGAACGUGCUCCGUCAGAUGCCCCAGAGAACCGGGCCGGAUGUUUUCUUCAGCUUCCCGGGCAGAAAAGGAUCGGCCGUCGUGUUGCCGCCCCUGGCCAAGUGGCCCUACGAAAACGGAUUCACCUUCACCACGUGUUUCAAAACGAGCAAAGGUGUCGGUUACACGGCUCACUUUGUCGGCAACUGUCUGGUGCUGACGUCGAUGAAAAUCAAAGGCAAAGGAUUUCAGCACUGCGUUAAAUAUGAAUUCCAGCCGCGAAAGUGGUACAUGCUGGCCGUGGUUUACAUCUACAAUAGAUGGACGAAAAGCGAAAUAAAAUGUCUGGUGAACGGGCAACUUGCUUCCAGCACCGAAAUGGCCUGGUUCGUUUCGACAAACGACCCUUUCGACAAGUGUUACAUCGGUGCGACUCCGGAAUUGGACGAGGAACGGGUGUUUUGCGGACAAAUGUCCGCAAUUUAUUUGUUCAGCGAGGCGCUAACAACUCAUCAAAUUUGCGCCAUGCACCGCCUCGGACCAGGCUAUAAGGUGCUCUACGACGGAAAACUGUCUAGUGCGAUAGUGUUUAUGUACAAUCCGGUGGCCACCGACAGCCAACUUUGUCUCCAAUCGGCCCCCAAGGGAAAUAUAUCUUAUUUCGUGCACACCCCGCACGCUCUAAUGCUACAAGACGUAAAAGCAGUGAUAACGCAUUCCAUCCAUAGUACGCUAAACUCGAUAGGAGGCAUCCAAGUUUUGUUCCCACUUUUCUCUCAACUAGACUUACCUUACGAAUCGAUCACUUCAUCAGACUCAAAGAGAGAUCCGUCUUUAUGCUCAAAAUUAUUAGGUUUUAUUUGCGAAUUAGUCGAAACAUCGCAAACGGUACAGCAACAUAUGAUUCAAAACCGCGGAUUCUUGGUGAUAUCCUUCAUGUUGCAAAGGUCCUCCAGAGACCACCUGACCACCGAUGUGCUCGGCUCAUUUUUGAGUCUCACAAAAUACUUGGUAACGUGUCUCAGCGUCAACAAUGGCCCCCGGCCCGCCCAAAAGGAUGUUCUCGCCAUCAGGUCGUACAUAUUGCUUUUCUUGAAGCAGCUAAUAAUGGUCGGGAACGGGGUAAAAGACGACGAGCUUCAGAGCAUACUGAAUUAUUUGACGACGAUCCACGAGGACGAGAAUCUGCACGACGUCCUUCAGAUGCUCAUUUCGCUCAUGUCCGAACAUCCGAGCUCGAUGGUGCCUGCUUUCGAUGCCAAGCAAGGGGUCCGCACAAUCUUCAAGCUGCUAGCGUCCGAAAGUCAACUGAUACGGCUUCAGGCGCUCAAGUUGCUGGGAUUCUUUUUGAGCAGGAGCACUCACAAGCGCAAAUACGACGUCAUGAGUCCCCACAAUCUUUACACGCUCCUGGCGGAGAGACUCUUGCUCAACGAGGAAUCUCUGUCGCUGCCGACUUACAACGUGCUCUACGAAAUAAUGACGGAGCACAUCAGCCAGCAGAUUCUCUACACCAGACAUCCGGAACCGGAAUCUCACUUCCGGCUGGAAAAUCCGAUGAUUUUAAAAGUGGUCGCCACUCUGAUCAGACAAUCCAAACAAACGGAGCAACUGCUCGAGGUGAAGAAGUUGUUCCUCUCCGACAUGACGUUGCUGUGCAACAACAACAGGGAGAACAGGCGCACCGUGCUGCAAAUGUCCGUGUGGCAGGAAUGGCUCAUUUCCAUGGCUUAUAUCCAUCCGAAGAAUGGCGACGAACAGAAAUUGUCCGAUAUGGUUUACUCACUGUUCAGGAUGCUCCUCCAUCAUGCAAUCAAGUAUGAAUAUGGAGGGUGGAGGGUAUGGGUCGAUACUUUGGCCAUAGUGCAUUCUAAGUUCAAGCUGCAAUUUGCUCAAAUGUACGAGCACUACGACCGGCAGAGGGCGGACAACAUAACGGACCCGUUGGUCAGGCAGCAGCAUCCGAUAUCGACGAUUUCCGGUUGGGAGCGGCAAAACCACCCGAACCUGGCGAACGGCUGCAACCCGGACGACGAGCGGUGGCACGGCAGCCACCACGAGAUCGAACUGAACGAGAACGACAAGUCCGAGCAGGUGUGCAGCUGCGACUACAACUCGACGCUGUCGGAAAGCAGCCCGGUCUCGUACAUCGCGAAGCACGAGGACAGCGAAGCGGUCUCCUUGGAUUCCAGGACCAGCGAUUUGUACAGCGACUCGCCCGUUUGCAACGGCAUCCAUUUAGAUAGCAGUUCCAGUCUAAGCAGCCCGGAAAAGAACGUGGACUCGGAGAAAAUCGAGAUUAUCGAUGAAAUUUUGGACGAAAUCGUUACCAACUGUGUCGAAUUAAAAAGUAAACUCAAUACGCAUGAUACAAAUCAGGAUAAUGCCGAGACCUUGGAACUGGAAGUCGAAAAUAAAGAAUUUAGUAGUCCAGAGAAGGAAAUCGUUGUUGAUAGCGAUGUUUCGGAAAGAUACCUUACACCAACGGAAGAAGAUGUUGGAGACAGAAAGGAUGAAGAAGAAAGUGCAGUAAGAGUCGCUGAAGAAACAGCAGAAGAAAAAGAUGAAGAGGAAAAUACAGGUGUAAAUAAUUUAAGUAGUGAAGAGGUGGGACAGGGCGACGGUUCGCAAAACGGUGAUAUUAAUAAAAAACUAAACGAUGUGCCAAUUUUAAAUGAUAAUGAUAAAAGUGCUGUGUCAAACAAAGUAGUAGAUGUGGUUCCGUCCGAAGAAGAAGAAGUAAAACUUGUAAAAACUUGUAAAGAAGAAACAGAUAAACUAGAAAGUGAGUCUAGCGAUCCGAAAAGUCUGCGAGAAGCAGACGAAAAGGAGGAGGAAGACGUGCCUUCGGAAAUCAACAAAGAAAAAAUAAUCCCCACCAUUUCCGGUAUCUGUGAUCCCCUUAAUUUUAAUACUACGAGCGAAACUAACGUUGCCGUCGUCCCUGACGUCGUCGAACAUAAUUUACAGGAAAACGAUAAUGACGUGGCGAAAGUGUCGCCGCCGGUGGUCGAGAUUAAACGGCGAGUAAGUCUUCCAUUAGAUCGCACGGAAAUUCAACAGGGUGAUUUCGUCGUCGUAGACGUGGACGGCAAUAAGGUUGUGGGGGCGGGCUCAUCGCCGCAGAAAAGACCGCGUAGCGCCUCCACUUCCACCCAGGUCGACGCCGACCUUUUCGAACCGAAAUUCUGCAAGAACGGCGCCAGUCAGGGCGGCCAGGCGGGCCAAGGGCAGCAAAGACCGAUGUUCAGUCCGGGGCCGACUAGACCGCCGUUCCGCAUCCCGGAGUUCAAGUGGUCCUACAUCCACCAGCGCCUGCUCUCCGACGUGCUGUUCUCCUUGGAAACGGACAUCCAGGUGUGGAGGAGCCACAGCACCAAGUCGGUGCUGGAUUUCGUCAACAGCAGCGAGAACGCGAUCUUCGUCGUCAACACCGUGCAUUUGAUAUCGCAGCUCGCCGACAAUCUGAUCAUCGCUUGCGGGGGACUGUUGCCGCUCCUGGCCUCGGCAACAUCGCCAAACAGCGAACUGGACGUGAUAGAGCCGACGCAGGGUAUGCCCAUCGAGGUGGCCGUGAGUUUUCUGCAGAGACUGGUCAACAUGGCGGACGUUUUGAUUUUCGCGAGUUCUCUCAAUUUCGGCGAGCUGGAGGCAGAGAAAAAUAUGUCGAGCGGAGGCAUUUUGAGGCAGUGCCUAAGACUGCAUGUUCUGUGCGUGUGUCAGGUUUGCACUUGUGCCGUUCGCAACUGCUUGGAGUGCAAGGAGAGGAGCAGGCCGCACCACUCGAUCGCACAAACGGCAACCCACAAUCCAUCUCACAAGGCCUCGCACCUGCAGUCUUUCAUUCGAGGCGUACACAGUUCACCCAAGAACAUUGCGGACAACUUGUCGAGCCAAUCGAGCAGUCCCGUGAAAGACCCGGAAAAGUUGCUGCAGGACAUGGACGUGAACCGCUUGCGGGCGGUGAUUUAUAGAGACGUGGAGGAGACCAAGCAGGCGCAGUUUCUCUCGCUCGCCAUCGUUUAUUUCAUCUCUGUGUUGAUGGUGUCCAAGUACAGGGACAUACUGGAACCGCCUGUUUCCAUCCGGGUACCCAGUCCGGUACCUGCUGUAAGGAGCAACGGAAAUUCGCAUCAUUCCGGAAGUCCGCAAGCUUCUCGUGCCAUUCACAACCAAACAGUGGAAGACGGAGACUAUGACGUCAUAACUGCCUAUGUAAUGGAAGAAAAUUCCAUCCAGGAUAACAACAUGCACUCUGGUCCGCCAUCGAUCAAGAGUAUCGAUUCGAUUGAAGAAAUAAACUCAAUGAACUCCGGGGAUAUGAACAACAUUUCCCUGAACAACGACAUGGAUAACAAAAUGUCCGGGGAGGAAAACUGGACCGACAUAAACCUGAACGAGGAGGGCGACUUAAAAGACGACGUCCGCAACCUGCAAAACAUGUCUAACCGACACGAAAUGAUGGACGUGGAGGGGAACAUCCACAACCACGAAAGAGGCGAGAAGCACCGUUCUGAAAUCUCUGUGGUGCAAGUACCGCACAACUCGGACAUCCUGCAGUCGCAGAUAAAAGCGGACGAGUUGCAUCUGCCCGUCAACAAUUUAGUGGAACACAUUUCCGUGCCGACCCCUUCGAGAGAGGCGUCUCUGACGCAGAAGCUCGAGACGGCGCUCGGCUCCGUGUGUCCUCUGCUGAGAGAGAUCAUGGUGGACUUCGCGCCGUUCCUCUCGAAGACGCUGGUGGGCUCUCACGGCCAGGAGUUGCUGAUGGAGGGCAAAGGGCUGACCACCUUCAAGAAUUCGAACUCGGUGGUCGAGCUGGUGAUGCUGCUGUGCUCGCAGGAGUGGCAGAACAGCUUGCAGAAACACGCGGGACUCGCUUUCAUAGAGCUGAUCAACGAGGGCAGGCUGCUGUCGCACGCCAUGAAGGAUCACAUCGUCAGGGUUGCCAACGAGGCCGAGUUUAUUUUGAACCGAAUGCGCGCCGACGAUGUUUUGAAGCACGCCGAUUUCGAGUCGCAAUGUGCUGCCAGUUUAUUGGACCGCAGAGACGAAGAAAAAAUGUGCGAUCAUUUAAUAACCGCCGCUAGGAGAAGAGAUAACCUGGACGCUUGGGAGGACGACGCUCGAAGGAGAAAACGUUUCGUGCACAACCCUCUGGGCACGACGCACCCCGAAGCGAGCCUCAAAGCGGCCAUCGAGCAGGGCGCCCCCGAGGACGCCAUCUCGCAGGCGAGAGAGGAAUUUCACGCUCAUCUCGCCGGCACGAGAGGGCAGCAGCAGAUGCAGCAGAACGACCUGAUGGACGACAACGAGCUGCUCGCCGACGACAGGGAAUUGGACAACGAUUUGACCGGUCCGGUAAAUAUAAGCACGAAGGCUCAACUAGUUGCUCCAGGUCUGGUGGCUCCCGGAAUGGUCUCCAUAACUUCAACCGAACUGUACUUCGAGGUGGACGAAGACGACGAGGAGUUUAAAAAACUCGACACUGAGUGUUUAACCAAUCCAAGACCACAUAGAGCCGACAAAGUAGCACUAAAAACUGCAUAUAGGUACCAAAAAAAAAGCGUAGAAACGGCAACCCUGGUGCUUACCGAGGAGCAAAUAGACUCCGGCCCACGCAACGUCAUCAUAACAAUUGCACAGCACCGCAAUUAUGCCAUAAAUUACCAGCGCGAGCAUGAAUGCAGAUGA